CCCUCUCUGCACCGCUGGCCCACCUCCGCUUCGUGUCACAGGCAUCCUCACAGCGGCAGACAUUUGGCAAGGCAGGCAGUGGAUUGCGGGUGUGUGGCUGAUCUGGCUGCAUCGGGAAAAGAUAGGGCUUUUUUGUGUGAUUACGCAGUGCUGUUCUUUUUCUCUGCCAUUUCCGGGCUGUAGAGUGGAUAGCAGCUCAAGGCAAAUGUGAUGGUGAUGCUGAGUACGCGUAUCUGAUUUGACUAGAUCGAGGCCAGGGGGAUCUGUAACAGGGUGGCGGUAGGAUAGAGGGAGGGAGAGCGAAAGAAACUGGGCUGACCGUGACUGUGUCCGUCUGUCGCGCGCUCCGUGGUUGUUAAUGGACUGUGCUCCUUCUGUGAUUCUCUGCAGUCACUUUGAGCCGUUUUUGGAGGAAGAUGGCGGACAGGGCUGAGAUGUUUUCCCUCUCCACCUUCCACUCCCUCACUCCUCCAGGCUGCAGGCCUUCCCAUGACAUUAGUCUUGAGGAGUUUGAUGAUGAGGAUCUGUCUGAAAUCACAGACGACUGUGGAAUAGGACUCAACUAUGACUCUGAUCCCUAUGAAAAGGACUGUCUGAUUCUGGAGAAGAGCAAUAUGCACCACCCGGUCUGCUCCUUCCAGGACGACUUCCAGGAGUUUGAGAUGAUCGAUGACGAGGAUGAGGAGGAUGAGGAAGAUGAAGACGAGGUGGACCCUGACACUCCUCCCUCUCCCACAGCUUCCCCUCCUUCUUCCCCCACCCUUGGCACGCUGAAGAGCCGGCCCACCACUCUCAACCUCACCACCACUGUCUCACAGGACUCACUGAACAACAACAGCAGUCUUUCUCCAAAGAAGGGCAGCUGGCAGGACUCUCUACGCAACCCUACCUCACAGGGUCGUCUGUCUCCAACCCACUCUUGUCUGGAGGAUGGGAGUCACGUGACGGGCCAGUGCCCCUCCCAACCAGCCCCCCAGGCCCCAGGGUCCCAGAGCAAAGGUACUCCCCCCAAACAGGCAGGGGAGGGCGCCUACCCCCAGUCCCCUCGCAGGCCCCUCCUUUGCGACAUGGAAGGCAACAGACGGGAGAGGCCUGAAUACGGCUCCUUCGGUCAACACAAGUCUCACCCGGGCUCUAAUGAGGUCAUUAACUCCUCAGCUGACCCUCUGAUCUUCAGAGUUCCAUCCCUGGAUGACCAAUCCCAAUGCUCUGACACUGAGGUUGACCACGACCUCAACAGCGCUGACCACAACCACAAACUUUCACGGUCCUGCACGUCCACCCAGCGACGUGCCACCGACACCUACACGGUCACCACUGAGUCAGGCCUAGACCCGGAACUGGAGAACGACCCAGAUGGGACCAGCCGAUGCCUGUCCUCCACUGCUCCCAUCGGGGGGAACGACGGAGCUGACACCCCUCUGUCAGAUGAGGAGCUGGAGAAAGAUUUUGACGUAGAGUUUAUGUGUAAGGAGACCUAUGACAUGGUGUGUAAGGAGAACCAGAGCUCAGUCUACGUUGAGUUCCCCUCCAUCGAGCCCUCUGAGCUGGCUUCCUUCUCCAGCUACAUGUCAUCAAGCCGCUCUGAUGUUCUCGACCAAUCCCGAAGCACUGAUCAGAGCCAGCGUCCAGGUGCAGCCAAUGAGGUGGCCAAUGACUCCAACUCUCCAUCCUCGGACCCGGGUAUUGCUGACAUGAACGCCAAGCGGUGCUACACCAACUCAGACCAAGACCAGGACCUGAGCUCUCCCGGGUCUGACUCAGACAUCGAAGGGGAGCUUGAGGCAGCAUUCGCCUGCGGAGGACCCCUGGUCUCCAACAUGAUCUCUUCCAUCUCAGAGACAGAGCUGGACCUGACCAGUGAUGACAGUAGUAGUGGACGCUCCUCCCACCUCACCAACUCCAUCGAGGAGGCCAGUUCACCCACCUCCGAUCAGGAACUGGACCCGGACACCGAGUUAGAACAGGACAGUGGAAUUGUGGGAAUGAAGGUAUCACUCCUCCUUGGCCAGCCAGACUCCAUCAAAGAGGACUCACCCUUACCCUCACCUUCACAACUUUUCUCCUCCACCCUGGCCACCCCCUCCCCUGCUGACUCCCUCAUCCUACCCCCAGAGCCCUAUGAUGACGGCCAGGCUCUGAUGGGCCUACAAAGUGUAGAUGAUGGGUAUGAUAAUGACUUGCCCUAUGAGCACCAGGCCGACCCAGAUGAGACCCUGCCCCCAGCCCAGCGCUGUGAGGACAGCAUGUCCAGACAGAUGGUCCUCCAGAUAGAACCAGACCACAGCCUGGAGAGCUUCAAACGCUCCUUCUACCUGCCAGUAGGACCAAGACUCAUACCCACCCAUGCUGACGACUACGAUGGGAACAGUGAGGGAGGGUCCGAGUCGGAGAGCGAGGAUGAGCUGAGCGAGAAUUCAGACUCACCCUGGUUGCUAAGCAACCUGGUGAACAAGAUGAUCUCGGAGGGGUCUUAUCCAAUCAGCUGUCCUGAGGACUGUUUCAAGAGGUCAGUGUCCAUCUCAGACACCAUCUCACCCUCCUCGGACAUCGAGCCAGACGCGUUCACCGAAGCCACGGACGAACAAAUGCAGAAAUCUGGGACGAAGAGUUCGAAGGAGGAGGAUAAAGAAGGGAGGGGCCUGAGGAAGGAAGGGAAGGAUAGAAAUAAGAGGGAGAAGAGUGCAGAGCCACCCAAAGGGAAUGCAGGGAAAGCAAAGGAAAGAUUUGGCUCCUGUCUGUACAUGAACAAUCCUACAGCUGACACCAUCAGACCGGUGAUAGUGGAGCGCUAUGGCAACAGGGUAUCCACAGACAACAACCACACUCAGGACUCUGAGAAAGACUUCACCAGCCCUAAAUCAGGCAAAAACACCAAGAAGAAGGAUGAGGAUAUGGAUGUUAUUGUGGAGCCUGAUAAUGACCUGAUGAUGCUGGAGGGGAGGAAGGAACUGGACUCUCCCAGUCUGAGUGAGAGCGUAGCGAGUGACAAGGACGAGGGCCGCGAGAUGGAGACCAAGCCCACCGGACGCUCUACGGCCUCCCUGGAACGCAUCACCACGGUCAAACACAGCAUGACGCUGGACAUCCCCACGGCCCAGACCAACCGAUGCUUCAGCCUCACCUACUCCACCGACAACGAUGAGGAAGAGGAGGAGGAAGAGGAAGGAGACUGCUCCCCAUUCCUGAGCUGCCUGAGGAAGCAGUCAUCCUAUCGUGGCAGCAAUCAAUACCUGGACAGCUCCCCGCCUAUCGAUGAGAGCGUCCGGGACCUCCCCCUGUCAAAGCAGGACCCCCCCCUGUGUGUGAGGGACCUCCCCCUGCAGGCCCUGCGGUCCAGGCCAGAUGAUGAUGGACUGGCGUACGACUCCAUGAAGUACACUCUGGUGGUGGAUGAGAACACUACACUGGAGCUGGUCAGCCUCAGGCGGUGUACUUCAGUGCUGAGUGACGACAGUGAGCUGUCUACACUGUGCGAUGAUGACCCUCUUGGGACGGGGGAGGUGGGGAACGGCCGGGGGAACGGAGUGGUGCAGCCAGAACUCCUCAGCUCGUCAGAAGACUCCUCCCCCGAGGCUGACAUGCAUUUCUCCAAGAAGUUCCUCAACGUGUUUGUCAACAGCACCUCACGAUCCUCCAGUACAGAGUCAUUUGGGCUGUUCUCCUGUACCAUCAAUGGAGAAGAGAGGGACCAGACACACAGGGCUGUCUACAGGUUUAUCCCCAGACAUGUGGAUGAGUUGGAGCUGGAUGUGGAUGACCCUCUAUAUGUCGAGGAAGAGGAGGAUGACUACUGGUACAGAGGCUACAACAUGCGGACGGGAGAGAGGGGGAUAUUCCCAGCCUUCUACGCCCAUGAGGUCAUAGGGCAGUCCAAGGAGAUAAUGGGAAUGAAGAAGAACCCAGCCUGGAUGGACAGUUUCAGUGUUCAGUUCCUGGGUUCUGUGGAGGUGCCCUAUCACCAAGGCAAUGGCAUCCUCUGUGCUGCCAUGCAAAAGAUUGCGAUAGCGAGGAAGCGGACGGUCCAUUUGCGGCCCCCCUCUCUGUGUGAGCUGGAGAUCAGUCUACAAGGGGUUAAACUGGUGAUGAGCCUGGAGGAUGAAUACGACACUAUGGAUGAGUUUGACAGAUGUAGUCACUUCUUCCAGAUGAAGAACAUCUCUUUCUGUGGAUGCCAUCCCAAAAACAAUUGCUACUUUGGCUUCAUCACUAAGCACCCCAUGCUGAACAGGUUUGCCUGCCACGUCUUCGUCUCCCAGGAGUCAAUGCGGCGUGUGGCUGAGAGUGUUGGACGGGCUUUCCAGGAGUAUUACCAGGAGCACCUGGAGUACGCCUGCCCCACCGAAGACAUCUACCUGGAGUAGAGCAGGCAGGAAGCAGGAAAUGUUGCCAUGACAACAGUAUUCUCUUCUUCUUCCUGCUGCUGCUUGUAUGUUUAUCAAUCUCAAUCACCAGAGGACGCUGGUGGGUCUUCUUCUCUCCAUUGCAAAAAUACCCCCUAUAUCUCUCUCUAAAACUGAAAUGUUAAUUUCAGUUCUACAGUAUGCUACAUGUUUUAUUUAUUGAUUCAUUUGUUUAUUUUCCCUCUUCUAGAUGGAUUGCCUGUUUAUUUUACCUUUUUUUCCUAUGAUAAAGUUAUAGGAAUAACGGGCUUGGCACCUGUUAUUUUAGAUAUGACGUAUCCUCCUCGGUUAAAAAAACAAGUACAACAAUUAUAUUCCUACUACCGCUAUUUCACAUGUUUGAAUGCAUGGUUAGGAGGGUAAUGCACACACAGAGCUAUUAGGACACAAAACCAGCUCAACAUUGAAUAGGACCUGGAUCAUAUUAUUUGGUCAGAUAUGGUUUGGUGUAAAUGUACACUACCGUUCAAAAGUUUGGGGUCACUUGUUUUUGAAAGAAAAGCACAUUUUUUGUCCAUUAAAAUAACACCAAAUUGAUCAGAAAUACAGUGUAGACAUUGUUAAUGUUGUAAAUGACUAUUGUAGCUGGAAACGGCAGAUUUUUUAUGGAAUCUACAUAGACGUACAGAGGCCCAUUAUCAGCAACCAUCACUACUGUGUUCCAAUGGCACGUUGUGUUAGCUAAUCCAAGUUUAUAUUUUAAAAGGCUAAUUGAUGAUUAGAAAACCCUUUUGCAAUUAUGUUAGCACAGCCGUUUCCAGCUGAAAACUGCCUAGAAGGCCAGGAUCCCGGGGUCACCUCUUCACUGUUGACAUUGAGACUGGUGUUUUGCGGGUACUAUUUAAUGAAGCUGCCAGUUGAGGACUUGUGAGGCGUCUGUUUCUCAAACUAGACACACUAAUGUACUUGUCCUCUUGCUCAGGUGUGCACUGGGGCCUCCCACUCCUCUUUAAAUUCUGGUUAGAGACAGUUUGUGCUGUUCUGUGAAAGGAGUAGUACUCAGCGUUGUACGAGAUCUUCAGUUUCUUGGCAAUUUCUCACAUGGAAUAGCCUUCAUUUCUCAGAACAAGGAAGUUCUUUGUUUCUGUCCAUUUUGAGCCUGUAAUCGAACACACAAAUGCUGAUGCUCCAGAUACUCAAUUAGUCUAAAGAAGGCCAGUUUUAUUGCUUCUUUAAUCAGAACAACAGUUCAGCUGUGCUAACAUAAUUGCAAAAGGGUUUUCUAAUGAUUAAUUAGCCUUUUAAAAUUAAAAACUUGGAUUAGUUAACACAAUGUGCCAUUGGAACAUAGGAGUGAUGGUUGCUGAUAAUGGGCCUCUGUACACCUAUGUAUAUAUUCCAUAAAAAAAAUCUGCCGUUUCCAGCUAUAAUAGUCAUUUACAACAGUAAGAAUGUCUACACUGUAUUUCUGAUCAAUUUGAUGUUAUUUUUAUGGAAAAAAUGUGCUUUUCUUUCAAACAUUUCUAAGUGACCCCAAACUUUUGAAUGGUAGUGUAUAUUUGUUCAAUAUCGACAAACUGCUGUUCGACUGGUAGUGAGAUUGAAGCGAAGUAGAGCGAGAGUAGUUAUCUGACUUGGUCCGAGCUAACCCCUGUAUCGUAUGAGACAUUGUGUGUUCUGUAAAUAUAUGUAUAGGCAGUAGAGAAAUACAGACACCUCAUGCAUAUACACUAUGUAAGUAGCAUCCACAACCAAUAAUCAAACAGGAGGAAGACAAAGAAAAUGAAAUGGGAAGGAAGAGAGGGAGGAUGUUUUAGCCCAGUGUUUAUCAAACAGUGGGUCGGGAACCAUUGGUGGGAGUGGGACCUAUUUCAGAGAACUUAUCCUUUAACUGGUUUGUUCUGUGGCUUAUGCCUGGUUACAUUUCUCUUCUGUAGUCCCUUCCCCUAGCUUAUUUGAUGUCCACCAUUUUGAAAUACAUAGUUUUGACAUUUGUUGGCGGCAGAUCAGAAAGAACAGUUGCAGUAGUCAUCUCUCAUUGGAAAACAACUCCUCUAAUCAAAUCUCCAGACACAGCCGAGUGUCAGGAAGAGGUUACCAUGGAAACUGGGGUGAUAACUGUCAGUGCUUUGGGAACAGAGCGAGAAGAAAACAUUAUUUAGCUUCUGGACUUAAUGGUGUAAAUACAAUAUUAUCGAAAUUACCAAUGUUAUAUUCCUUUCCAUCUUAUCCAACAGUGAAGUGUCCUGAUGUACAGAUACUACACAAUGUUUAGAGAUAAUCAAUCUGAAUAUCAGGUCGAGGACAGUUGGUCCUCUUCAGGAGAAGCCAUAAUUCCACGGUUCUGAUAGUUCAACACUACUCCCUCACAGGAAACACUAUUGUACAGGUGUGUCGGUCUGUUUAAGUUGAUGAGUACACUGAGAAUAAGGCCACAGUAAAGACAUGAGAUAGAUAAUGCUUAGAAUUGAGUGGUGUAUUCUUCUCAUGUCCCUCCACCUUCUCUUUGAGGUGGAUCAAGUCAGAAUUAGGGUAGAGUUUAAGUUAGAAAAAAAUAACACUUAUUUGGUCUGAGCAGUACAGUUUUAGAAGUUGAUUUUACAAUGUAUAAUGGCUCAUAUUCUGCUUGAGAAAUGACCUUUCCAAAUAUACUCCUUGAUUUUCAUCUGGUCAUAGGUAAGCCAAUAUACAGUACAUGGUUUGCUUACUUAUAGUAGGACAUUAUACUUUUUAGUUGUCUUUUUCCAGUUCAAUUAGCAUACUGUAGACUACAGUGCAACAUCAAACAGAUGGAAUAUAGAAAAGUGGAGAACACAGAAUGAAUUGAAAUAACAGGCAUCCCUACUGCAAUCCCCAAUAUCAGGUUGAGUACAGUAGAGUAGACGAGGGACUCGCUUCUAGACCCAGAUACACAUCAUCUACUGCUUUUAUUCUUCAACAAAUAUUAAACAGCAAAAAAAGGAUCAUGUAGACAAGUGCAUCAUUGAUCUGCUGGUGAUGAGUUGGUGACCAGUUUAUCAUUAGUGACAGUGGGGAGUGUGUAAUCUAAAUGUGUAUCGCUGUCAGUUAGAUCCUGUAAAUACUAUAAAGAGUUGAAAAGAUUGUACUGUGUCCUUUACGUUAUGUAUGUUAUUGAAAUUAAUAUUUAAAAUAAGAGAAAUUCAAAAAAGUUGACAAACAUGAAAACCAAGGUGGAAAAAUAAUUUUUACAUUUCCAGUUCUUGUUUUUAUUUGAGUGUGCUGCGUUUCCACACGUUGACUCUACGUCAACUACCAAGGUGACAUUUUGAGUUCUUGCUAACUCAAACAUUCACCCCAGACAGGCUUUAGCAGCACCCCUUUAGGCAUAUCUGUGACAUCAUCAUUAGGGGACACAUGUAAUGUGUCACCUUUGACCUUGCUGAGAUCCAACAACACACCCACCCAAUUGCUGGCCAAUCUGCUGAUAGAGCAGAGAAGUAGAGCUGAACCAAUUAAAAACAGCUUUCAGAGAGCCUGCUUUUAUACAGGAACCUAUCGCAUCUUGCCAAUGUAGCCCAUGGCUUUGAGCUCCAGACAAGCUCCAUAUCUUACCUGUACCAGUUAGUUUUGUCUUUUGUUUUUCUGUCCUGUAAGAGCUUAGUUGAAGCCCUUCUAUCUUCCCUGAUAGCUCCAGUACACCAACCGAUUCCCUAGUCCUGUAUAGCAGCUCAAACAUCCAGUUAACAGUUCAUCUAAACUUUGGACUUUAAUACCUAAACAAACUAGAUUCUUCACUGUAUAACUAGAGCAUCAGUAUGUGACAAAUACAAAGUUAUCUAUAUUGUAUCUUUAAAAAAUGACUUGUACAAAUCUAAAAGUAAAACAUAAAAAAAAAAAUACACUCUGCCUUGUCAUGGGUUUGGUAUUAUGAAUAAAAUAUAUGCUUGAUGUCCAAA